GUCAACACAGAGAGCCUUGCAGAUAAAACACACUCCUAUUCGAACUACAUUUGAACAUUAAUACAGUACUGACGGGCCAACGACGUCAUGAAGUGUUUCAUCCUUCUGCUCUUAGGCAUAAGCCUUCAUGCUACAUGUGCAGCUACGCAUUCACUGCGUUAUGUGUACACUGCGACCUCCGGAAUACCAGACUUCCCAGAGUUUGUGACUGUUGGGUUGGUGAAUGGAGAGCCCGUGUCAUAUUAUGACAGCGUCAGCCGCAGAGAAACUCCCAGACAGGAGUGGAUAAAAGAAGCAGUUGGCCCUGAUUACUGGAAUAGAAACACUCAGUCCUCCAUUGGUGCCGAGCAGACCUUCAAAGCCAACAUUGAUAUUGCCAAGCAUCGCUUCAAUCAUACUGGAGGUGUGCACAUUGUCCAGAACAUGUACGGCUGUGAGUGGGAUGAUGAGACUGGAGUCACAGAGGGGUUUGAUCAGUUUGGAUAUGAUGGAGAGGAUUUCAUAGCAUUUGACCUGAAAACAUUGACAUGGAUCGCUACAAUGCCACAGGCACUUGUCACCAAACACAAGUGGGACAGUGACAAGGCUUUCAAUGAGCAGAACAAACACUACUUAAUGCAGACCUGCAUUGAGUGGCUGAAGAAGUAUCUGGACUAUGGGAAGAGCACUCUGAAGAGGACAGUUCCUCCUUCAGUGUCUCUGCUCCAGAAGACCCCCUCCUCUCCAGUGACCUGCCACGCUACAGGUUUCUACCCCAGUGGAGUCAUGGUGUUCUGGCAGAAAGACGGACACGAUGAGCAUGAAGAUGUGGAGCAUGAAGAGACUCUCCCCAACGAUGAUGGAACAUUCCAGAAAAGCACCCACCUUACAGUGACGCCUGAGGAGUGGACGAAGAACAAGUAUCAGUGUGUGGUUCAAGUCACGGGUAUCAUGGAGGACUUCAUCAAGGUUCUGACUGAGCCUGAGAUCAAGACCAACUGGGGAAAGACCAACAUCAGCUUCAUUCCGGCCAACACUUCUGAUGUUGGUUCCAACUCCUCCCACAACUCUGCUCCAAAGGAAUGAGCUUUCUCUCUCACUAAUCAAACAGGAGAGAAGCACAGAAAAGAGAAGAAAGACAGUGAACUCUUCUAUUUUGAGUCAAAGUAAUGUGCACCCAGCCACAGACACCUUUCUCUAAAGCACUAUCUGGUGAUAUAACUAAUAACUGCACAACUAAACUAUACAAUGACAAAAAUUGUGUUUUUUACACUAAAUGGGUCUGAUAAUGGCGAUAUUGGUGUUUAAACUAUACUGAACAAAAAUAUAAACAACAUGCAACAAUUUCAAAGAUUUUACUGAGUUACAGUUCAUAUGAG